AUGUCUUGCCUUAUUAGUUUCUCGUUGUUACUCUCGGGUGUUAUGGCAGUCGUGCAAAACAUGACUGCUCCUGCUGCAACGCCUACAUAUGCUCAGCAAGAUGGAUAUGUAAUGAAACUUUGCAAUGCCUCAGCAGCAACAGCGACGAUAAGUUAUUCCUACACGAAUGAGGAAUUGGCAAUGCUCUGGAAUCAAGUUGGGAAGAUAGAAAUUGGACCUAUUACAGCGACGGUGGUUCCAACACCAGAUUCUGUUCCAUUUGCCAGACCUGGACUAUUUCAUCCACUGGUAAAAAAUCUCCAAUUCCUCGCUCCUACUGUAACACAUAACCAAAGACCCAUUCUUACCCAAAAUGCAAUACCAUAGAUACCAUCCUCCGACCUCUCCGUAGCAGACGCAAAACUCCCCGAUGAUUUCAUUUGGGGAGUCUCCGCAAGCGCAUACCAAAUCGAAGGAGCAGCCAAAGACGAAGGAAAAGGACCAUCGAUUUGGGACUUACUCGCACAUCGUAGCUACGGAUCUGUGUCUGAUAAUUCGACUGGAGAUGUGGUCGGAAGUCAUUACUAUCUCUACAAGCAGGAUUUUGAGCGGAUGGCAAAAUUGGGGAUUCCUUAUUUUUCGCCGUCAUUUGCUUGGUAGGUGUUCUCUGGAGUGCGGUGUGGGUAAUUUAAGUACGUAUGAUUGUUUGCUGAUUAUUUCAUUAGGCCGCGGUUUUUUCCAUUUGGGGAUGGCCCUGUUAAUGAGGAGGGGGUCAAACAUUAUGAUGAUGUUAUUGACAGUAUGAUUGAGUAUGGAAUAAAGCCAGCUGUGACUCUAUUCCAUUGGGGUCAGAUUCCCAAAAUUUCUGGUAGAUAGAAAUACUGAGAUCGCAACAGACACCCCGCUCGCGCUUUUCAACUCUUACGGUGCUUGGACAGACGAAAGAAUCGUAGAUGCCUUCUUUAACUACGCCAAAUUUGUUAUUACAAGAUAUGACAAAUACGUUCCAAUAUGGUACACUUUCAACGAGCGUGAGUCCAUCCUCUCGCAAUAAAUAUAGUAAGGGUAAACUGACAGUUCCAAGCACAAUACUGUAAUUGGCAAUACUCCCUCUAUCCCGCCGGAAGCUCAAAGGGCAUCUAUCCCUCCUACAACAACAUAACAUCCGGUCUCUCAGCUCGAAUAGCCUGCUCUCACUACACCAUCCUAGCCCACGCCAAAGUCGCAAAAUGGUACCACGAAGACUUCCAAGGUUCUGGCCGAAUAACCUUCAAAAACUCAGGAAACUACUACGAAGCGAACGACACCUCCUCAUCUGCAGACAAAGAGGCCGUGGCGCGGAAUUACGAGUUCGCGCUGGGAUGGUUCAACGGUUGUUGGCGGGAUGGAGAUUACUCGCCUAUGCUGAAAGAGACACUCGGCGAUCUGCUUCCAGAGUUCACGCAGGAGGAAAAGGAGAUGAUAAAGGGAUCCUGUGAUUUCUUCGCCAUCGAUCCGUAUACAUCCUUCCUCGCGACACCCGUAAGUAACAGCGUUGCAGCCUGUAUGGCGAACCGGAAGGAUCCGAAUUUUCCCGAAUGCGCUGGCUCCUCGUCGCUUGCUGCUGAUGGCUUCCCUCUUGGUCCAUCGGCGGAUAACGAGAUGGGUUGGUUGUAUUCUACCCCCACCGGUGUGAGGAAAUUCCUGAAUACGAUUACGAAGGAUUUGUUCCCAACGGUGGGCGAUGUGGUGGUUAGCGAGUUUGGGUUUGCGGAGCCGUUUGAGGGGGUGCAGACUAAGAUAGCGAAUAUUGUUUGGGAUUUGAGACGGGCGGAUUAUUAUAGGGGGUUCUUGGAUAAUAUUUUGUUGGCGAGGAAUAUUGAUGGUUUGUCCUUCUCUUCGUUCUUUUUUUCCUCCUUUUCUUCUGUUUCCCCCCCCUUCAUUAUGCAUGGGAUACUUGUUAAUAGGAAAUAGGUGUCAACGUAACCGGUAUCUUCGCAUGGUCCAUCUUCGAUAACUUCGAAUGGUUCCAGGGAUCGCAGGUUAAGUUCGGUCUUCAGUAUUUGAAUCAGACUAGUAUGGAACGCAUUCCUAAGGCUAGUAUGUUCCAAUUUCUGGAUUGGUUUGAUGCCCAUGGGGGAGCGAAAAUCGGUGGUGGUAGCGGAAGUAAUGCGACUGUGAAAAUGUAG